AAAAUGAAAACAAACUUGUGCGUGUGACUGAAAUGAAAGCAGCUGCAGUCAGGUCUUUCCCAAAUUUUGCUCCAAAUGAAAGACAAAUGAAUAAAGAAAGACAAAUGCCGGAGUGACUGUUCAGAUGAGAAGUGAAAUGUCUUGCGAUCAAUUCAAUGCCCUGAGAAUACAGUAAGCUGGAUGAAUGAGAAUAUUCACAGGCCUCCGAAUAAAGAUCAGUUUCAAAUAUCAGGUCAGAAAAAUACCAGUUUACCCCGUUUUUAAUUUCAGGCUGCUAAUUUAAUGGCUUUGUUUGGCUCAUACUUUAAAUGUGUAAACUGACUGUCAGUGGCUCACUGCACGUCAUCUGAGAUUAAAAGACCAUCCAUCCAUCCAUUUUGCAAAGCGCUUAUCCUCAAUGCCAAAAUAAAUACAAUGUGUACGGUAAAUAAAAGAUACAAACCGAUAACAAGUGACGCACAUCGCACGAUAAAACUGGACAGACAGAUCAAAUAAGCUGCAAGCAUGUUGACACAAUUUUUGUAUACAACAUACCUAAUGUCGAGUGAGUAUUCGUAUGAUACUGUUACUAAGUACCAGUAUCAUAGUAUUGUUCUCUUUUAACUGCUAAAAGGUGUCAACAUCUUGUGUGACGAAAGAAAGUGUCCUCCUUUCACUACACUUCCGGCUGGUAGCUGAUUGGCCGAGCCUGGUAGAUGGGCGGGGCUUCCAUCCCUAGCUGCUGGGCCUCUUUUGCUUUUUUUUCUUCUUUUUUUCCCCCCUCUCCCUCUUGCUGCGUGCGUGCGUGCGUGUGUGCGGCAGCCGAGCCGGGCGCAUCUACUUGAGAUGACGGCCAGCAUCCGAUACAAGAGCCGGAUUCCGGUCAAGACGGAGGACACCGCCGAGGAGAAGCAGUAUGUGGGCUUCGCCACUCUUCCCAACCAAGUCCAUAGGAAGUCGGUGAAGAAAGGCUUCGAUUUCACUCUCAUGGUGGCAGGCGAAUCGGGCAUGGGCAAGUCCACUCUGGUCAACAGCUUGUUCCUCACAGACCUCUACAAAGACAGGAAGCUGCUGAAUGCUGAGGAGCGCAUCAACCAGACAGUGGAGAUCAUCAAACAUACCGUGGACAUCGAGGAGAAAGGAGUCAAGCUCAAGCUCACCAUCGUCGACACGCCGGGCUUCGGGGACGCCGUCAACAACAAUGAGUGUUGGAAGCCCAUCACAGACUACAUCGAUCAGCAGUUUGAGCAGUACUUCCGUGACGAAAGUGGCCUCAAUAGGAAGAACAUCCAGGACAACCGGGUCCACUGCUGCCUUUACUUCAUCCCUCCAUUUGGUCACGGGUUGCGUCCAGUGGAUGUUGAGUUCAUGAAAGCGCUGCACGAAAAGGUGAACAUCAUCCCGCUCAUCGCCAAAGCCGACUGCCUCACUCCCAGCGAAAUCAAGAAGCUGAAGGACCGAAUACGUGAAGAAAUAGACAAGUUUGGCAUCAAAGUCUAUCAGUUCCCUGAAUGCGACUCAGAUGAGGAUGAGGAGUUCAAGCAACUAGACAAAGAGCUGAAGGAGUGCACCCCAUUCGCCGUGAUUGGCAGUAACACAGUGGUGGAAGCCAGAGGGCAGCGAGUGAGAGGGCGACUGUACCCCUGGGGAAUUGUUGAAGUGGAAAACCAAUCCCACUGUGACUUUGUGAAGCUGAGGAACAUGCUGAUCCGCUCGCACAUGCACGAUCUCAAAGACGUCACCUGCGACGUCCACUAUGAGAACUACAGAGCGCAGUGCAUACAGGAGAUGACAAGCAAACUGGCACAGGACAACCGCAUGGAGAGUCCCAUCCCCAUCCUGCCACUGUCCACCCCGGAUGUGGACACUGAAAAACUGAUCAAAAUGAAAGAUGAGGAGCUGAAGAGGAUGCAGGAGAUGCUGACUAAAAUGCAGCAGCAGAUGCACGAGAAAGACUAGCAAUGACACCAGUCAUUGAACGCAACACAACACGGAUUUUAUUUAGUGGCUGUACAUUUACAUUCGGUUUGGUGCUUUUGUAUAACUCGUCUGCCUGAGUGCUUGUUUUAGCCAACUUUCCCCAACUGUAGUUUAACAAUCUAAAAGUCUAAUUUAAAUCACUAAUCAGUGUACCUAAUUUAUAAAUACAAUACUAAACUCAUUUGGAUAUUUUGUCAGGGUAUGACUUUGUGUGGUAUUAAGAUUUGAAUGGUGUUUUUCUAUUCAGUGUGUGUGGGUGUAUGUUUGUGUUAUUAAGUCUUCUGGUGUCCAUAACAUCCCCGUCAGUCUUUGCACAAUUGCUUUCCAUUUAUUUAAAUUUGGCUGAUGAUCACGAGGAAUGCAUUAUUUAUAUCAAUUUAAGAUGUAGAGCAGCUUUUUUUUCUUUCUUUUUUUGGGCAUUGGCUGGCUGGUUUAAAACUGCACUUAUUGCCAGACGUCAAUUAUUAACUGUGAACGCAUGUAGUAAUAAUAAUAAUUCUGAUGACAGGAUGCUCGCGUAAGCAUGCUGCUGCUACUUGUAUCUGCUUAACACUCUCCAUUGCUUCACAGCUGACAUUUUUUUUGUGUGUCGAAACUUUUUAAGACCUUUAUUUUUUUUGCUUUUGUGGAUGAGCAAAUACUGUAGUUGAUGCUUCAGAUUUUUUUGUUUUGAAAGUGUGAAUUGUGCCCAUGAAGAAGAGUGAAUGAGUGCAAAUGGAGGAAAAGUGCACCUUCCUUCUGUCUGACAUGACAAGUAAUAAAUAUGUUUUUGUCAUUCUGGAAAUGA